AUUAUUUGUUAUUGAAAGAAGGGGGUGGUACUAGUUCCUUAGUGGACAGCCCUCUAGUAGAUGUUGUAUAUCUCUGCUUCAGCUGUUUCUACACUGCUGUAUUCGAAAGCCUCUGAAAUCUAAUGUGCUCUAAUAGAUGUAUAAUUUACUAGCCUACUUUGUGUUUUCUACUUUUCAAAGACACCGCUCCUGGCGUGAGCUAGUCAAGCCUUUGCUACUACCCGGCUUCUUCAUCUUUAUGUUCUUCGCCCUCGGCUCUAACUGGGUUGGCUGGAACGUGUUUCUCGGCCUGAUCUUCUUCGCCUUCUGCGUCGUCUCCUCUGUUCGUGCCUCGACGGUAGCACACCAACUCAGCGCCGGGAACGACUUUCUGCGCAGCUUGCAACAUGAAAUAACAAGCUCAAGUGAUGUGAGGUCUGUGAGAGACAAUACGGCCGCUCUGCACCUCUACCUUACGUUCCUAGACCGCGACUUUGGCGAAAACGACUAUGAAAUUCUGUCCGCUCUAGAUGAAACGAACUGUACCAAAAGCGUGUCUCCCGCCUUGCUGAACGGCCUCCCCACAGCGCUCUACGACUUCUCGCGACACUCUAGUUCUGAAUCUGAAUACACGAAAUCGUGCUGUCUUUGCCUAGAAAUAUAUAACGCCGGCGACAAAAUAAAAUACCUGGUCAGUUGCCCGCACUUCUACCAUGCCGAAUGUAUCGACCGAUGGCUCGUUAUUAAGCCCAAAUGCCCAAUCUGCAAAUCAGAUGUAUUUCCGAGCUGAGUGCGUCCUCUCCGUAUUCAAGCCCACCUCGGUACUGCUUCAAAGCCUCUGGAUGCCGUGUGGAUCUCAGAUCUCACGGCCUCUCUGGCACAGGCCUAUCUCUCGCUUGAGAGAAUCAUAUGGCUUGUUUUGUAUAAUAUAAAUAGUGUCAAAAGCUCCCUCUUGUGUGUGAGAUAAUCGUUCGAAUGUCCCCUUUUUCGUGCCUCGACAAGAUUUUCGCUUCAGCACGUCUAUACCGCAAUCCGAAAAAACAGACCUCGCCGAGAAGAAAAGCAACCACGUCGCACAAACCUCUCAACCUCCCUCGGGGACUAUCAAACUUUGUGU